AUGUCAGAGUCAUCGGAUGCUGCAUUACUUCGCAAGGCUAGGGAUGAAUACAGUGUCAAAUUGCAGCCUGUCCGUGUUCAAAGACUAGAAGCGGACAUCACAUGGGUCGAGAGUUUUACGAAACUUCUCGCCUUCAACCAAACACAGUAUCAUCGUGUCGUUGUUCUGGAUUCAGACGCCAACGUUCUUCAGGUAGACACUGUGCCUCAUGCGUUAUUCUCUACUGUUGCUAUGCCUCGCGCAUACUGGCUAGACAACACCCUCUCAUCUCAGCUAAUUGUCAUACAACCAUCUGAGCAGGAAUUUGGGCGUAUAGAGGAUGCCUUUAGCCACCGCAACACGAGUGACUUUGACAUGGAAAUUCUAAACGAUCUCUAUGGCAAAGAGUGCCUGAUAUUACCACACCGAUACUAUGAUCUUAUCACUGGAGAGUUCCGUAACAAUUUCCACCACCGCUAUCUAGACUCGGGGACCGAACACUGGAAUGCUCGCAGAGCACUGAGAGAUGCAAAGUAUUUGCACUUCUCCGACUGGCCUUACCCAAAACCAUGGUCUGAAUAUUCGCAUUACACACAUGAUAAGCUGCAGCCACCCUGUCAAAUGACUGUUCUGGGCGAAGAGGAUUGCAGCACCCGUGAUGUCUGGAAUGAAAUCUACUUCGAGUUUUUAGACAGGAGACAAGGUUUGCGGCUCGAAGUAUAUGCCUGA